UAGCAUAGAGAAGAUUGAUACUUUAGGUACUAAAAUGAGAAAAUGAGUAUAUUUUAGAUGCUUAAUCGCGAAUUUAGUUUAAAGAAAUUGAAAUAACUAAAAUUAUUUUAGUCCAAUUUUCUAGUUAUCAAAUUAUUAUUUUUAUUAUUUGAAGGGGUAUUUUGUUCCUCAUGUACAUAAAGGAUGCAAUAGCGAGAUGGAAUGAAGGGGGAAAUAGUAUGCCGUGCAUUCAGGAGGUUAAAGCGAGGCAGUAAGCAACGCAGUAUCGCCUCUUCGAAAUGACUUGCAGAACGUUAUGCAGACUAUGAUGUUAAUUUGUUUUAUAUUCUAUAAGCGAAGUCGAUGGCUUUCCAGGUAUUGGGUUGUCAAUACGAUCAGAAUCAUGUGCAGUACUCUGCUGCUUUUGCCGUCCAGCCCAAGUUCCCUUGGGAUAUCGAUCUACCUGACUGGAAUCCAUUAAUCUUCCCGCAGUCUUGCGAAGUCCGGGGGACUAACAUUAUGAGUUCAACAAGUACUUGUGAUGAGAAUGGAGAAAAGUUUGAUGAUACGCAAGUGAUACUUCUCCAGGAAUGGGAUGAUAAAACCAAAAGACAAUUACAAUAUUCAGACUUCAAUUGGUUGCCAGAGGAAUUGAACAAAGUGGAGCACGGUUGCUUUCCUUCUAUUCUGGAUCCUAUAAUUCAGAAAAUAAAGGAUACACGUAGGGAUAUUAUAGAAAACAGCAAACUCGGCAACUGUGCAGCUUAUCCUACGCUUGUCAUGUUCUAUGCCACGAUAAAGGAGAUGAAUGAGGUGAAAGAGGUAAAGGAUUUUGACAUAUCUAGGUUGAGAAUUUGGAGAAAUGCAAUCUGUGAUGCUCUGCAGAUCAAUAUGGAGGUUCAAUUUGCAAAGCAGCACUUGAUCAACAUUGCUUAUGCUUAUUUUGCUUCAAAGAAAGUUGAUCCAGAAAUUUAUGCUGAAAAAGAACAAUUACAGGAGAAGUUAGGGCAGAUAUCUACGAAGAUUCAACUUUAUAAAGAGUGUCAAUCUAAAGCCAAAAUUUUCAGUGACAAGCCUCUUAACACGGGUCUUUUUGGUGAGCAUCGGCCUGAAAUGCAACAAGAGACCAGCUACAGUGCAGCAGUAGCUCAACAUGAAGAUCAGCAUUGGAGUUGAACCGAAUGCUAUAACUUCCUUAGUCUAUUUUGUUCAUUUUGUUCCUAUGUAACUUUAUUUAGUUUCCUUGUAAUUUGUUUACAAAGUUAGUCGGAUUAGUUUGUGAUUUGAACUUGAUGUAAUAGCUGAUAUGUCAGCUUGCUUUUGUGUGUAAUUCAAGCUUGUAUUAGUCAUGUAUUAGUGGGAGCAGUUAUG